AUCCAGUCUCCCCCCACCCCAAAUCACAGGCGUCGAACACCGUCUCCCGUCUCUGUGGAGAGAGAAAAGAGGAGCGGAAGAGGGGAGAAAGAGAGAGACCAGCCAAUGAGUUCAGCUGCUUGCAUCUCCUUGGGGCCAACCCCUCUGUCCCACCUCAAGAAUGCGGAGAAAGGCGCCGCCUUUAGCCUCGCUUCCGUCAGGGGAGCGGGAUUCAGGCCUUCCCCCAAUGCCCUCUUCCUCAGAAUCCCUUCGCGUCCGUCGAGGAGGAAGCCCUCCCCUAGGCGGACCGCCGUCAGACCUUUCUCCCCUGUCAUGGAGUGGCAGGAUUGCAGCUCUGAGAUCGAAGUCGAUGUUCCAUGUUCAGUAGCUUAUGACUGUUACUCUGAUCGCGAGAUGAUCCCAAAAUGGAUGCCAUUUAUAUCUUCUGUAAAGGUUCUACAGGAUAAGCCUGACCUCUCACGCUGGGCAUUGAAGUAUGAAGUGUUUGGUCGUGACGUUGAAUUUUCUUGGCUUGCCCGAAAUUUGCAACCCAUUCCUAAUCAGAAGAUACAUUGGCGAUCUUUGGAAGGUCUUCCUAACAGAGGCGCAGUCAGAUUUUUCCCCAAAGGCCCAUCCUCUUGCAGAAUACAAUUGACAGUUUCGUAUGAAAUCCCUGAAAUUUUAAUUCCAGUUGCGUCAGCGCUUAAACCAUUCCUUGAAGGAUUACUUGCACAAGGCUUGGAACGAUUUGCAAAAGUUGCAAAAGAGUAUCAGAGAAAGAUUCCCCAAAGAUAACCUACAGGCAAACUUUAUUAAUUGCCACAUGUCCAAAUAACAAUGAGGCUCUAAGAUUCUUUAGGGAUAUGCAUUAUCCUUUGAUAUUAUAGCUGGGAUGAACUUUUUAUUUUCCUGAAUAUUUAAACCAAUAUAUGUCUGAUGGUGAAGGUGAUUCAUGAAACAAGAUCAGUUUGGUUUUGUACACUUGUCCACCCAAAUGCUUUGAUACAACCAUAUGAUUUCUACUUUCCUUCAUUUUGUGUUCUUCUGUUGCUGUACUUGUGUAGAAUACCCAGUACAUGUAAACUUUCUUUUAAUUGGUGAGAUUUUAGCAGCAUUAGAAAUGAUAAUAUGUUAAAUUCCAAUAAUUAGUUUUUUGCAAAUGUGCAAUUAUAUGCUGUCUUCAUGUU